AUGGCCCAGUGGACGACGGCGGCGAUGACGGGCUGGCAACUACGAAUGAUCAUCGAUCCAGUGGCCAACAUCUUUCUCGAUAAUAGAUUUGUCAGCCUUCGACGGCAAGUCUGCUGUCCGUCACUCAAGACGUUUGAACCGACCAUCAAAGUCCAGUCUAACGAGCACGCUAUUGAAUUUCUUCGGAAAUGUACUGCUAUGAAUGUCAUGCCGAUAUCGGUGAUCACUGGAGGUAACUGUAAUCGCUAUUUCCGCUUCCGCUCACCAACUGCUGACGGAGUAGCAGCGGUACUACCUACGCUGGAUCCCACCAAGGUUGCAACUCGCCGAUUUAACCAUUUACGAUUCGAUCAACGGGUUCUUUGA